CUGACGUGGCGAACCGCUGUAUAGCGCUGCGCUUUCCAAACGGAGAAGGGUUCCCCGCCCCUCAGGAAUCUCGGGGCUGAAGUAAAAGUUUGCAAUCUGGGAGCUGGCGUCUUUUCCUCAAGAUUUGUGCAGGAGUUUUGUAUUCAUGAAUAUGUCUGAAAUCAAGCAAAGGAGAAAAACUGAUAUUUCAGCCAAACCAAAUGAAGAUCAACAAAAAGUGGACAAACAGUCGUGGUUGGGGUGUACCCGGACAUCUUUCUGGAUGGAAGCAGGAGUAGCAGCAAGCUGCCUAUCCGUUAUGGCCUGUGUUGGCUUAACAUGGUUCCUUAUUCAACAGUCAGCUCAGCUUGCUACUGUAGAGGAAAAGUACCAUUUAUUGAAGCAAGAAGCUGAGAAGUUUCAGGACAUGGAAAAUAAAGUUAAACUUAUGUCCACAAAGCUUGAAUCAUCUUUGCAAGUCCUGCAAGAGGCCUCUACAUCUGUCUCUGUUCUGACCAAGCUUGAGCAGGAGGUAGCUGGCCUCCGGAACAUCAUACCUGACAUUCUAAACAGUGAGCAGAAAGUUUCUAAAAAGGUGCAGAGUGUGAAUGAAAGAUUUCAGAAUGUAGUAGUCUCCUGGAAAAGAAGCCUGAAUGAAAUGGAUACAAAUACUAGUAGUUUGAGAUCAGAAGCCAAGUUUUUACAUAAUGAAGUAACCACUCAAAUCAACGCAGUAGACUCAAGAAUAAAAACCCUUUCUGAAAAGUUAGCAGAUUUGGAAGACAGUACAAUAAGAAAUGUCAAAGUGUUAAAUAGGCAGGAAGAAAAUGAUUUAUCUAAAAUUGAACAGCAGUUGCAAGUUGAUGCAGAAUCCACUAAAGAAAUAGAAGAAAAGCAGAAUACUUUAGCCAGAAAUAAGUACUUGAGACAAAAGCUUGCAGCGCAUGAACUCAAAGUGGAAGAAUGCAAGGCGCAUUUGCCCCUAAUAGAAACUGCUAUUCAUUCAGUGAUUCAAGUAUCAGGUUAUCUGAUGGAUAUAGGGAAGAAGGUGGAAGACAUGGGUGUGAAGGUGUUUGACGCAGAAGACAAAAUGGUAACAGCCCGACUUGAAAUAAUGAACAUACAAAAAGAUCUUGAAAAUAUCCAGGAUAAGAACAGUAGAUUAAAAUUGCAGAAGGAUGCAUGUUCUAAAAGUUAACAACUUUACAGAAUCUAAAACAGAGACAACAAAAGAACAUUAUUUAGUAAACUGCCAACCUGGGAAUGAUAUGAAGCAAUUUGAGUCCCCAUGACCAAUUUGUUCAUUUCAGCUAUGGAACACUAAAGGUAUCUGACUGGGUGUCUCGCUGCACAAAAGGAAUAAUGCUUUAAAUGCAUGCAUAUAUUUGUAAAUCUAAGAAAUACAGAUUAAAAAACCAUCAAGGAAUUUUAAAUUUUGAUAUUUAGUUAUUCAGUUUGAUUUAUAUUUAUAUUGUAUUUGUUUUCUGGAUGUGUUUUGUAUAGUAUAAUUUACUCUCUUUUGACAUUCCAUUGUGGUUUUUUUCCUAAAUUCUAUUAUUAAUUUGUUGAGCUGUCACUGUAGUUUCUUUAGAUGAAGUUGUUUGCUUCUUUUAUGCCAUGGAUGUGUUAGGAGAAACAAAUCUGAAACAAUUCUUUAAAGAAAAUGUUCAUUCAACAGUUAAUACAAUACAAGUGUAACCAGAAAAUGAUCCUGUAGUAAUCUUAGAGGUCUCUUUUUAUGAAAUAGAAUUUCAGGAAGUAAAGGGCAGUUGUAUAACAAUGGAUAGUGCUCAGUCUUCAAAAUUACUUGCCAGGAUGCCAAAGGAUGCUCUACUGUGGCUAAUUUUGCAAAUUUAAGCCCACUGUAUGCUCCUUCCUCUAAAAGGGCUGUGUACACAAAAGGGAUGUGUUGGAUCUAGGGAAGGAGGCAGCAAGAGAAAACUUUCAUACCUGGAAUUUUUCAGCUUUGGGGAUGACAUUUUGUAUAGCAUAUUGUCAGGAGGAAUGGUUGUUCCUUGUUUAAAUUGUGAAUAAGCAGUGGGGGCUUACAUAAGUGUAAACAAGCAUCUAAAAUGAGCUACAAUUUUAGGCAUACUUUUCUGGAAGCAAGGUCCACUGUGGUUCAGUGAUACUAGACACAGUGUGUAACAGACUUCUCUCUGUGAUACACCUCUGAAGAUGCCAGCCACAGAUGCAGGUGAAAUGUUAGGAACAAGAUCUACCAGACCAUGGCCACACAGCCCGGAAAACCCACAACUUCUAAAUACAGUCCAACUCCUGCUGUGUAUAAAAAAAGAGAAGAAAAUACAAGUAAAAAUAAUUUAUUUUACACAGUGUAAAAUGUAUUAACACAGUGUAAGGCCUAAUUCUUGUUAUGAUAGAAUUAGACUUCAUAGCUACCUAGUAUUCAGUAACUUGGUUAUCAGGCCCAGCCACUAUUUGUGAUCAACUGGUGCUACUACUAUGUCUUCUCCCUUGCCAGCCUUUCAUUGUCUCCUGCCAGGAGCCACAGUAGCAAAGUCUCCCUUCUACUCUUUCCUUCUAUAAUAAUUGUGAAAUUCUUAUCACCCACUGUCUUAAAAUAAUUCUUCACAAUUACAUCCCUCCUAUUCUUAAUAAUAAUGUGAAUCAACUCAGGCAAAAGGACGACUUGCCUUUUUUAAUGAAUGCCAGCUACAGGAAAGAAGGCGACACAGUAGUUCUUGUACCUGGGAGGUCCAGAUUCAAAUACCCACUUUGCCAUGGAAGCUUGGUGGGUAGCCUUUGGCCAGUCACUCUCAGACUAACCUUCCUCACAGAUACUUUGUGAGGAUAACAUGAAGAGAAUUCUGCGUUACUUAGAGCUCCUCUUUAGAGAUUAAAAAACAACACAUUUUUAUUUCACAUUUUUUCUGAUCAGGAACCCAAAGCUGCUUUUCAUUGUUCUCCUCUCUCCCCAUUUAAUCCUAACGACCACUUUGUGAGGGUAGGUUAGGCUGGGAAAUUAUUGCAAUGGGCCCAAUGUUGAGGUGAGUCAUAACUCAGUGGUAGAGCAUGGUAUGCAGGAUGUCCAGGUUCAAUUCCUGGCAUCUUCAGUUAAAAGGAUUUGGUAAUUGGUGAUGUGCAAGACUUCCAACCCAGGACUCUGGACAGCCACUGCCAGUCUCAGUAGACAAUGGACCACUUGGUGGACCAAGUCUGAUUCAGAAGAAGGUAGGCUCAUGUAUGUUCGGGGGGGGGGGGGUCCAUGGAAGUGCAGGGAUAUUAAUCCAGUUAUUUCCCAUGUAAGCCAAUAGUAGUUCAAAUUCAUUACCAGUUUUUUUAAAGAACUAUUGCUUGAUUUGUAGCAGUUGUUCGAGCUGUUUUGUGCUUGGCACAACCUACUCCACAUAGCUAUACGAAAUUUGUGCUCAGACUUCACAGUUUAUCAUAUCUUGAAACCAGGCUCACAGACACUUUUUCUGGACUAUGUAACCUGAAGAAUUUUCUGGGAACUUGCUCACUAUUUUGUAACACAUUUUCAAUAAAAAUGUACAGCACUAGCACUGCUUUAGAACGUCUUACCAAAAUUGUACAAGAAGUGACUGGGGUGGGGGAGUCAUCUCUUAUACUGCCUAAUUGUCUUUUGCAGAGAUCAGGCUUUUAAAAUACCAGAUAUUUAUCUCAUUUUACUGAAACAGCUAACAUUAAAAACUGCAUUUUGAAAGGUU